AUGUCGCGCGCUUCAAAAUUUACCUUGGUCGGCACUUCGCUAAUGACUGCUGGCAUUGUCUACUUUGUCCACUGGACGCAGGAAGCUGACAAGGCUGCCAUGCAUGCCGGUGUGCAACGAGAUUUGGAGAACCAGCGGAUCAAACGAGAGCGACAAGCGGACUUUGAGAUGCAACGGGCACUGGAAGCUGAGUACCGCAAAAUCCAAACCGUGUCAGAUAACCGAAAUGGAGAGAGAAUAGACGGUACAACCGGGAUGGGCGUCAGUCAGAGCACAUCAUAG